AUGAAGCUUGGUGGGGUUUUGAUUGGAGCCGCAUCGGCGAAUUUUAACCCUUUGAAUUGGGUAGAAGAUGUGGCAAAACGAGUUGAAAAGCUGGUUGGAAACCUGGAGCAUGAGAACUUCGAUGACAUCAUCUCGAAGGUUAACUCUGCGAAUCUCUCCUGGAAGGCAGGAACGAACUUCAACUCGAAUUACAAACCGGAGAGCGUUGCUGGUCUCUGCGGUACGAUAUUGGGCGACGAUCGUCUUCCCGUCAACCAUCUUCUCAACGAUCUCGACCUCGAGUUGCCAGCUAACUUCGACUCCAGAGAAGCCUGGCCGGAUUGCCCCUCGAUCGGCGAAGUGCGCGACCAGGGAUCUUGCGGCUCUUGCUGGGCAUUUGGCGCUUCGGAAGCGAUCUCCGAUCGAACUUGUAUCCACUCCAACGCAGGCUUCACUGCCGACUUGUCUUCAGAAGACUUGCUCUCUUGCUGCGGAUACGUCUGUGGAAACGGCUGCAACGGUGGCUUUCCUCAGGCUGCUUGGGAGUACUGGGUUCAAAAUGGCCUUGUCACUGGCGGCCUCUACCACGGCGAAGGGUGCCAGCCUUACGUGAUCGAGCCUUGCGAGCACCACACUGAAGGUGAUCGUCCCCCAUGCACCGGCGAAGAAGGAACAACACCGAAGUGUUCACACAAGUGCGUCGACGGUUACACCGGGAACUUCGCUCAGGACAAGCACUACGGCUCCGUCGCCUAUCGAAUUCCUGCUAACGAGAAGGCGAUCAUGCACGAGAUCUACAAGAACGGGCCCGUGGAAGGCGCUUUCAUUGUCUACGAAGACUUCCCUACCUACAAAUCCGGCGUCUACUCGCAUCACACUGGCGAAGCGUUGGGAGGUCACGCUAUCCGAGUCUUAGGCUGGGGCGAAGAGAAUGGAGAAAAGUACUGGCUCUGUGGCAACUCGUGGAACACCGACUGGGGUGACAACGGAUUCUUCAAGAUCAAACGAGGCGUCAAUGAGUGCGGCAUCGAGUCUGAAAUGGUAGGUGGCAUCCCCGCCAGCGAAUCCGCCUGGAAUCCUAUGCUUCUUUAA